AAAUAAAAUUAACUGUGAACUUAAAACAAUUUUAUAAGAUUUUAUUUUUUGCUGCACCGUGUAAUUCACCGAGAAAAUAAUGGGUCAAUCCUUUUUAGAUGAAGAAUUCAAUUACACCUCAGAACAAAAGGAAAAAAUAUUGCAAUUACGAAAAUUAGUAGAGAAUAAUGUUACCUUGAAGAUUGGAACUGAAGAUGCCCUACUUAGUAAAUUUCUUAACUACGCGACAUGGCAAGUGGAGCGUGCCUACAAAGCCAUUAUCCAUUAUUAUGACUUUAAAUAUAAGCACCCAGAUUGGGUAGCGCAACGAUCGGUAGAAUAUUAUCGGGAUCAUUUCUAUUCGACAUUAUCAAAAUUUGUUAUGCCAAAACCGGAUAAAUUUGGAAGAGCUGUUGUUAUAUUUAAAACCGUUGAUGCAUUUGAUAGAUAUCCAAACUAUAUACAUGAUAUCGUACAAAUGGAUGAUUUAAUAUUUGAGUCGAUGAUGAUGUUGCCUCAGGUCCAGAAAUAUGGAGUCACAGUGAUAUAUGAUUUAGCAGGUACUACAAAAAAUUUCUUGCGCAAAGUUUCACCAACAAUUGCACGACUCAUCAAUGAAAAAAACAAUAUUUUACCACUGACAACACGCGUUGUACAUCUCAUACAGAAAGGAUUUAUCAUGAAUGCAACUUCUUCACUUGUUAUGCCCUUCAUGAGCAAGGAAUUGAAAGAAAAGAUUUUCUCUCACGAUGGAAAAAAUUUUGAUAAAUUGCGAAAUAUGGUUGGAUACGAUUGUUUGCCAGCACAAUACGGUGGAAAUCCGGACAAUGUUUUCGAUGUGGAUUUCAUUUAUAAUCACAUGUUAAAACAUUCAGAGUAUUUGUUAAAAAUACAGAGUUACAGAAAAUCCAUUAAUUAAUUAAG